ACAGUCAAUUAAUAUACAUGGCAUAGAUUUUAUGUAGUUCGUCGUCUGUUGAAAUCUGAUAAAAGUAUUAGUUUUACUGUGAAAUUAUUGAGUGUUUUUAGUAUUUGAUCUAAUUAAAUGAUUAAUUUGAGUAUUGUAACAUUCUUCAUUCACAUACAGUGUGCAAAUAUUCUAUUUAUUCUAAAUGGAUACGAUAGGUGUGGUUUGGGAACUGGAGCAGUCUAGCAAUUUGUUAUUAUACAAUUGUUUUUUGAGUCACUUAUGACAGUGAACAGGAAGCUACUUUACGCUUUCUAAAUUUUCAAAACAAAUGUCAAUGAUUGGCCUAAAUUGUUGUUAAAUGAUUCGCACCAUCGGAUUUUAUUGAAAAGUAGAUUAAAGUCUGCACAGAUCACGCACAGAACCAUGUCGCCUUUGAAACCAAAGAGUGACAAUAACGCACCAUCCCAGCCUGUUUUCACCCUGACAACUUUGACUAAUGAUGCGAAAUCAACUGUAGAUAAAUUGUAUCGAAAUUUGCAUUAUCCGUUGAAGGUUUUACAGCAUUUUAAUUCAUUGAGAUUAAGUAAUAAAUUUUGUGAUGUUGAAAUAGUGGCUGGAGGAAAAGUAAUGAAGGCGCAUCGUGCGAUUUUGUCAGCUAGUUGUCCUUACUUCCAAGCCAUGUUUUCAAAUGGUUUGAUUGAAGAGCAAAAGGACACCAUAGAACUUCACACCAUUCAGCCUGAUAUACUGAGCAGUCUUCUCGAUUUCAUAUACACAGGUGAAAUUGAAAUUACUCAGGAGAAUGUACAAGAAAUAAUCAUAGCAGCAGAUAUGUUAGAGCUGAAUGAAGUUGUGUUAGGUUGCACAGAAUUCCUCAAGCAAGAACUACAUCCAACUAAUGCCGUCGGAAUAUACAGGUUCGCCGAAGGCCACAAUUGUACUGGACUGGCAAAGUUAGCUUUCAACUUCAUCCUGUCAAACUUCCCCAGGAUAUGCAUGGAAGAGGAGUUCUACGAUUUGCCCAAAGAACAGUUGUGUGAUUUCCUAGCUAGUGAGAUGCUUCAGGUCGAUUCUGAAUUUCAGGUAUUUCAAGCUGCAAUACGAUGGAUCAAGCAUGAUCCUACUUUAAGGAAACGUUAUGUAUUUGAAAUUCUAACUCAUGUGAGGAUACCAUUGCUCUCAAGAUGUGUAUUAGAGAGAGCUAUUACUGAAUGUAGUGACGCUAGUUUAAAGAUUGCUCUAAGAUCGGUGAAGAAAGACUUUGUACUAAAGAAAGGCAGCUUAGUGCCUUUGUACUCGAACCCUCGGCUGUGCGCUAAAAAAGACAUCUUCGUGAUUGGCGGCUCGAAGCGAGAGUUGGUGUGUUCGUGGACGAAGUCCUAUGAAUGCACAUUCGAGUCGGUCGAGCGAUAUGACACUUUCAGAGGAGAAUGGAGCAAAGCAUCGCCGAUGGGCAUUGGACGUAUUUUGCCGGGCGUAGCGGCGCUAAAUGGUCGCAUCUACGUGGUGGGCGGAGAGCAGGACUCUCACAUAAUGGCCAAUGGCGAGGUUUACAGUCCUUGUGAUGACACCUGGGAGACAAUGCCCUGCAUGAUUGUGCCGAGAUGUGAGUUUGGACUGUGCGCUCUGGACGGAGUAUUGUAUGCCGUAGGUGGAUGGGUGGGUGAUGAUAUCGGAGGCUCCAUAGAAAGGUAUGAUCCAGUAAUAAAUGAAUGGGAAUUGUAUGGACAAAUGCCUUUAUCAAAAUUCAGCAUGGGAGUUGUCUCUUAUGAGGGUCUGAUCUACCUUGUGGGCGGAUGCACCCAUGACAGCCGCCACAUCCAGGAGCUGGUGAGUCUGAACCCGGUGCUGAACGAGUGGCAGGCCCUGGCUCCUAUGCUCACCCCUCGCUCGCAGAUGGGCGUGGCCGUGCUCGACGGGUACCUGUAUGUGGUUGGCGGCACCAACAAACGCAACGAGGUGCUGCAGUCGGUCGAGCGAUACUCCUUCGAGCAUAACGUUUGGAGCGAAGUGCCACCGAUGAAAGUGGCGCGCGGCAGUCCGGCAGUGGCGGCCGCCAACGGGUUCCUCUACGUGAUUGGCGGCGACCAGACGCACGAGAUCAACUUCUACCGCGCGCAGGUCACCAUCGCCUCGGUCGAGCGCUUCGAUCCCAUCUCCAACGCCUGGUACGACUGUCCGCCGCUGCCCGAGAGUCGCAGCGAGGCUGGUGCUCUGGUCAUGUGAUAGUAGUCACGUGAUAAUGCAAAACAACAUUAUGAUGCGACAUUAUGUGAUGCAACUUUGUGCUAAUGUGAUGCAACAUUGCACCAAUGUAAUGCAACAUAAUGAUGUAAAAUAACUGACUAUUUCCAAGUUCCUCACCGAUCAAUUAUAUGGCGCAUGUGAAACUGAACAAUUAUUACAUCACUGUGAAGCUAAACAAUUAUUUUUCAAAGUUCCUCACCAAUAGAUUAUACUACAAACAAAGGUAUAACAUUCAUGAUAUUUCUAGCCAACUGCAACGCAAAGCGCCGCUUGGUUUGAACCGCCUAUUUAACAAACUUGGCUGCCCUAGCUUGUUCAAGCAUUCUCAAAAAUCUGCUGCAUAGUGUAAGAUCAUUAUGUUUUAUUUUUAAACUGAAGAAAAUAAAUUUAUCAAAAUACAAAUGAAGCCUUCACAUAUACGGCAGAAAAUAUCAGUUUUGGCACAAACCGUUAUGUUAUUUGGUACAGAAAAACGUUGACACUGACUGUUAUUAGAUUUGCAAGUCUUCUAAUAUACAGGUAAAUUUGGUGUUUAUUGUGGAACAACAUUAUAACAAAUACUUGAAGCAUUGGCUGAGUUUUGUGAAUUUUCUUAUUCUAUUAAUAUGUGCAAAUAAUAAAUUCGUGAAUUUCAUAAUUGUGAACUUCGAAAGUUUAUCAGCAGAUCAGCAGCUCACAUUUUUUCUAUUAUCUGCAUAUAUGUUCAUGAAUAAUUCAUUAUUUCAUACUACCUCGUUAUUUUUUAUCAACUUGACUAUUUUUAAAAUAGAUUGUUUGGAUAAUUAAUUGCUAAGCAGAUUAAACUCCAUAUUAUAAUCUAAAUCAAGAUGUGGACAAACCUUGCUAUCUUUGAUUUUUAUGUAUUGAUUGAUAGUAAAGACUGGUGAUUGAAUUACAGUACACCAAAGAAAAUGUUAUGUUUGAUUGGUAUUUAAUUCAAAUUUUAUUUUCUAUUAAUUCCCUUGUAUAAUUCCAUUACAUAUUUGAAAUUUUGAACCAAUAACUUUAUUUUUUUCAAUAUUUCCACCAUUAUUUAUUAUGAUUAUUAUAGUAUAUUAAUUAUGAUAUUUAUUCAAAUAAAUUUUAUUAUUUUAAAGAAUGUUAUUUCUAAACUAUGUUGUUUAUUCUGGACACAGUUCCAAAAAUACAUAGUGUGAUAUUUAACCCUAGUCUAUAGCUAUAUUCAUUUUAAAUGGAAUCAUAUACUGAAAACUAAGUUAAAUUCGGCAACACUGUACUGCAAUUAAAUUGUUGAUUGGUUAGUUACUGAUGACAAUUACUAAUAUUGUUCGCAUAUCAAGUAGGCUACUAGCUAAUACUGUCUCUGUCUGUAUCAACCACUGCAAACUCGAAAUUGAUGUAGCAGUAUUCCUCAUCUAUGAAACAAUAUUGUAGUUAUCUUUUCUAUGCUCUAAUUAUUCAUAAUGAGUCAAUUAACGAAACAUAAAUGCAGACUUAAAUCAUAUUACUAAAUUACUCUACUUUAUUGCACAAGUACAGUAUUUUACGCUUAUAUUUAGUAUUAUAUAUAUAGAUUUGUUGUAAUUUCUAUGAACUGUUGUUAAAAAUAAGUUUAAAAAUGUUUAAUGAGUUGUACACAGAAUAAACUAUUUUAUUGUAUGGAUGCUAUUGAGCUGUUAAUAUGGAUGCUUGACGGAAAAUUAUUACCAUAUUGUAUAAACUAAGUUCUAUAGUUCUACUAUAAAUACCUUAACAGCCUUAUUAUCCAAAUAAUCUUUAUAAUAUAUUAUCAUUAUUUUCUCUUUAGUUCUUUAAUAAUAUCUAUUUUCAUCAAUGUGAUGACUAAUUUACAGUUUAGGUAUAUUUAUAAUAUAUCCCUUUUUAUAUAGGCUGUACAUUCAACAAGUCGCUAGUAACUCACAGUACUGUAUUCAUAUUAAUUCAAAUGAAUCUUCUUUCGAAUUUUCAUUCCAAUAUUAUUUUCAUCAUGUAGCUGACAAUCCAUAAACUUAUAAUAUAAUGACACAUAACAUUGAUUUAGUAUUACUUGUACAUGAAUUUUAUAAAUAGGAAUAUGUUUGUAACUAGUUUUAUAAAUUAUUUCAAAUAUAAAUCUGUUGCAAAGAGUUUUUGACCCAAAAUAUCAGGUCAUUAAUAGGUUAAUAGAUUGUUCUAGUUCAUUGUCUGAAAAACAAGCUAUAAGGUUACUCAAUAAGUUAGUAGUAUGUAGAGUAAUAAUAAAACCCCAUACAGUUCGAUAUGUUUAACGUUUGAACAAGAUAUCUUUCGGUGGUACAAGACUCAAAUUCAGGUAAAAAACUCACUUCUUCAAACUCCAGGUUUCUGAAUCAUGAAAGAUUGCACAAUUGAUCAGAGCUUAGUAUAAGUCAUGGAAUUAUAUCAUUGAAAAUUUUAUAAGAACACUCAAAGAAGUAAUUCUACUAGAAAUUUGAAAUAUGAUUUUAUCUUCUAUAACAAUUCUUAUAAUAUUUUAUGUUAUGUUUAUUUGAAAUCUUCGUUUACCUUGAGCUAUGAUAGUAUUUAUUUAUUUUUCAGGUCAAAGGCUAUUGUAUUAAAGUACCUAUUAUUCUUAAUUGACAUGGUUGUUUUUUAUUUUUGAAACGCAAUGAUUCAAGUGUAACACUUUUCAUUCUCAAAGAUGUUUCCGAGUAACAAAAUCUUCUAUUCUAUACAUAAGUCUGAAUUUUAAUACUGUACCUAUUAUAAUUUUCUGCUAAAUGACCAAAUUAAUGGAUCUGUGUUGAAGAAUUGACUCCAUCUUAAUCAAUCCCAUUCAGUUAUAUGAUUUUAAAUCAAAUCUUGAUCUCUCACCCGAUAGCUUGUAUGACUGUAAUUGUAAAAUAGGUAUUGUAUUACGAAUUGGACGGAGCACAUAGUGAAAUUUAUCUUGAUUUCAAUUUUUAUAAUAUAAUGCAAUACCCAUACUUUACUGUAAAUAAACUGUACUGUUAAAACCCAGACAUUUUACAAUGUAUUUGUACUUGAUACAUGAUAUUCAAAUAGCUCGAGAUUCACUGUGCUAUUUGCAGUGUAUAUGUAUUGUAAAUCAUUACAUUAUUCAUGCUGUACCUAAUAAAACGAAUAAAACUUCUCAAUAUUCUGUA